AUGGUUCCUAUAUUUUAUUAUGCAAGAGGAAAAAUUUUGCUUUUCCUCGUCGUCCUUCUUGCACAUGCUCACCUUGUGUCUUUUGAUUACCCUAUGUUUAUUCACAAUCGUGAAGAGCCACUAGAAUUUGAUGGAGAUGCCACUGUUGAAGAUUUUGACUACGCUAUUCAACUCACUGGGUACUACCCUGGUGACCCAGAUAAGGCUUCUGAUGUUGGUCGAGUCACAAAUCCCAAACUUAUCAAACUUUAUGACAGAAGCAUAAAUCAAGUUUAUGACUUUACUACAAAGUUUUCAUAUUACAGUAUUUAUGGAGAUUUUGCGUUCCUCCCUGCAAGCUCAGAUUUCCUAAAAGAAAAUCAUAUAGAAGAUGGAUUGGCGUUUGUUCUUGUGCCUGGAAAUGAAGUUGCUUUAAUGAACACAACUUGCUGCCUUGCAAUAUCAGAUUUCCUAAAAGGAAAUCAUUUAGAAGAUGGAUUAGAGGUUAUUCUUGUGCCUGCAAGCGAAGUUGCUUUAAACUCAACUGAGUAUUCAUCUGAGUCUGUGGAGUUCUACACGUUUAAAAAUGGUAAUCUAAGUGUUUCUAAAUACAGUUCAAAAAAUAAUAUUCUAAAUGUUUCUGCCACUGGAUAUAGAUUGACUGAAGGGAAAGAGCCACAGAACUCUUCACACACCAUUGAUCUAAGAGAGCAUUUACCAGAGUAUGUUGGCAUAUCAGCUUCAACAGGAAAAGUAGAUAAGAAACAUACGUUGCGGUUUUGGUCUUUUAGUACAAGCCAAGCAAAUUAUGAAGUUGAUCAUGAGAAGAAAUUGUGGGAGGGAUUGGCAGUUGGUUUUGUAUGUUUGUCUUUGUGUUUAUUAGCAAUAUUAAUAAUUUUAUUGUGGAAGAAGAAUAAAGGAAAAGAAGAAGAACCUAAUUCAGAAACCGUUUCCGAUCAGAAUAUGGAUGAAGAAUUCCAAAUGAGUGCUGGACCUAAAAAGAUUAGUUAUCAGGAAUUAUUGGAUGCAACAAACAACUUUGAAGAGACACUGAAGCUCGGUGAGGGUGGUUUCGGUGGUGUUUAUAAAGGUUAUUUUAAAGACACAAACUCAGUUGCAGCAAUUAAGAGGAGGAAAUCAGCAGAUUCAGGGCAGGGUAUAAAGCAAUACUCAGCAGAAGUGAAGAUCAUUAGCCAAUUGAGACACAGAAAUUUGGUGAAACUCAAUGGUUGGUGCCACAAGAAGAAUGAACUGAUCCUAAUAUACGAAUACAUGCCAAAUGGCAGCUUAGAUUUUCAUCUUUUUCGUGGAGGAAGAAGCAUCUUGUCAUGGCACUUGAGGUACAAUAUAGCCCUUGGGUUAGCCUCAGCAUUGUUUUAUUUGCAGGAGGAAUUGGAAAAAUGCGUGAUUCAUAGGGACAUAAAAUCAAGCAACAUAAUGUUGGACUCCAACUUCAAUACUAAGCUUGGGGAUUUUGGUCUAGCUAGGCUGAUGGAUCAUGAGAAAGAGUCAGAAACCACAAUUGUAGCCGGAACCAGGGGUUACCUAGCUCCGGAAUACAUGGACACAGGAAAGGCUAGAAAGGAAUCUGACAUAUUCAGUUUCGGGGUUGUUUUGUUGGAGAUAGCCUGUGGGAAAAAAGCCAUACACCACCAAGAAUUGAAGGGUGAAGUAUCAUUAGUUGAGUGGGUUUGGGAGCUAUAUGGAUUGAAAAAUGUCAUUGCAGCAGCAGAUCCAAAGCUAUAUGGGCAAUUUGAUGUGAAGGAAUUGGAAUGUUUGCUAGUAGUUGGACUUUGGUGUGCUAAUCCAAAUAACACAUCAAGACCAUCUAUAAAGAAAGUGAUUAAGGUGCUCAACUUUGAAUCCCCAUUACCAAUUCUUCCACAAAACAUGCCAUUUCUAGGUCCACUGUCUUCUCCCAUAAAUAAUGGGCAAUUUUUUUCAGUUCCCUCUUUCUUUACGGCAAAAGGUUAA